AUGUGUUACUAUGGUGGAUACUAUGGAGGCCUGGGCUAUGGCUCUGGUGGCCUAGGCUACGGCUAUGGCUGUGGCUAUGGCUGUGGUGGCUAUGGUGGCUAUGGUGGCUAUGGUGGCUAUGGUUAUGGCUGCUGCCGCCCUCUGUGCUGUAGAAGAUACUGGUCCUAUGGCUUCUACUGA